UGAAAUUUCGCUUCAUAAGUAGCUUUCAGGAACAGCCGCUGUCAUCGUGCGUUGAAAAGUACUAGAAGGUAGGCAUAAGGAACAACACCAUGGGUCAAAGCGCAUCCUCCGUCUUGGGGCAGGGGGAGGCCCUGGCGGACAUUGAUUGCCCAACGGAAUUUAUAGAUCCGUUUCGCAACGCGCGUUUCAGCAAAAAGGACUUGCUCGACCUGAAUUACCAGAUUACGAAGCAAAAAGUUCGCCUGCAGCAGACGGUCCAGCACGAGCUGCAGCCGAUUUUGCCGCGCCUGCGCCAGGGCUUGAUGUACGAAGACAAGCCAGAGAUCGGGGACGCCUUCGGCAAGGCCCUGGAAAAAGCGACGGACCAGGCGAAGCUGUUGUAUUGCACCCUGCAGAAGCAGUCCCGGGUCGCGGCAAACACUGCCUUAAGCCGGUACGUGCCGCUCGCGCGGAGCUUCCACCAAGACUUGAAAACGCUUGUCGAGUACAACGGCGGGGAUAGUACUGCGUUUUCCGAGAAGCUGAAGUCGCUGGACACGCUUGUGCAGAUGAAGGACAGAUUUCCCGACGCACCGCCGUCGAACACACAGCUCGAGGCCUUAUCAAAUGUAAAAAUGUCGGGGUCUGGAAGAAUUCACGUUUGUCAUGCUUGUCUGGCAUGACUCUUAAAUCUGUCAUGCACGUUACCCAAGAGCUCCGUUUUCCUGUGAUGCAGAAGUGCAGUUUGUCAUGCAGAAUAGGCAACACCUAGGAGCUCCGAAACUUGUCAUGCUGAGCCAGCAUUUGUACCCUCAUCAUGAGACGCCACCCAGCAUCACAAGUUUCCAGACCCAGACAUUUUUGCAUUUGAUAGGCCUUUCUCCAGCACGACAAGCCUCUGAAGGCCGCGGACAAGGAGGAAUUUUUGCGGGGCAUCCGGGAAAACUUGCGGGCGAUUGCGCAAAAAACGACCGCGGACGGAGCGACGUGCUACGACGACAAGCUUUUGCUGAAGGCCAAGCGUGCGGCGCUGCGGAUCAAGGAACUGCUGCAAGUACUCGAGUCUGCCCCGGCAUCCGCAGACGGCUUUACGCUGGAGGUCUUAACGCCGGGGGAAAAGCGGUUUCUACCGACAGAGGCAGAGCCGCAAGAUAACAAUAAUCCUCCCACCACAAACAACGCUAUUAGCACUACAACUGGUUUACUAACCACGGGCCAAGAGGCGGACCUGCAAUCGCUCGACACGUUCGCGAACAAGACUUGGAAAGAUUUUAUGGAAAAGCACAAACUGCUCUUCGCGCGCGACCCGCACCUACCCCCCGGCCCACAGGAGACGGAGCAAGUCCAAACCGGUGCCGUCGCGGGCUCCAAGCGGGCGGCGCUGCAGAAGUACGCUAGCGGUUCCAGUAGCAACCGCAAAGAUUUCGAGCGCCGCUAUUUGCACAACAAUCUCGGUUACGGCACGGGGUUUUCCGCCUUGCCGAAGCUGGUCGGCGACGACGCCACGGAAGCCCUGAAAAUCGUGCAAAAGUUCGGGGAUUUGGCGGAAAAGAAGGUCCACGAAUUACCGGAGAAGCAUCAGCUCUCGGACUUCUUCAAGACGCACUGCAUCGGCAACGAAAACAUCACGAAUGACCAGCUUGCCGCCGACCAGACGUGCCAACAGGGGGACAUGGCGAAGACGGUGCUUUCCGCCCGAUCCUACCUCAGGCUGCUCAGCAAGGUGCGGGACGCGUUUGACGUGUUGUGUCGCAACGGAAUUUUGACGGAGGUGAAGCAGAUCUGCGCGGUGCAGGUGAAUAUGCACUGGAGAAUCUUCAUGGAUCGGGUACUCGCGAAAGUUCUAAUGCAUGAAUUUGUACGAGCCAAAUUCUUGUUGUGGUGGACGUGAUCGACCGCUAUUUUGGUCGUGGUGUUUUCAUGUAGUGUACCUGUGAAAGUAGUUGUCGGGGUCGAGACGUUGGGCAUACGGCCUUCAGCGGUUACUUCAGAGUUAAUCUUGCGGCCUUCAGCGGUCGUGUGCGCUCUUUCCAGCACUUGGCGACCAGCUAUGAAUAAAAGCGUUUAGCAAGUACUAGAACUUUUGCACGAUUUCUCCUGCACAAGAAACGGAAUGAACUCCCCCUCGGUUCCCAACCCGGAAACGACCCAGGCACCGCUGGGCUUGGUGGAGGGAGAAUUGGCGAUAAAAUUCCCGGUGGACGAGGAGAACGGCUUCGCAAGAACGGACGAGCAGUUGGAUCAGCUGGGCGCAAAAGCGCAAAAGGAGUUCAAGAUGCUGAACGCACGGUUCGGCGAAUUGUUGCGGGAGAAACAACAGUCGGGUUACAAACCGGAAAUCCGGAAGGAGUUCGAAACAGGCGUGGAAAAUUUUAUCGUUUCCGAGCUCCGUCCGUACGGUGACGCGGUGGAGAAAAAGAUGAAGCAGCUGCACCUAAUCGGCGCCACCGCCACAGCGGAGGAUACUGCCAACCGGAAGCACUGCUUGAGCUUGCCGUCGAGCAGCGGAGCGGCGGAAGGAGCUGGUGCUCCAGAGGAUGCUGCACUUGUGGCCAUUGGCAAGGACGGGAAGUGUGCGGCCUUGAAGUACGUAAAGACGCUGAAAACCGCGAAAAGCUAUCUCAUUUUGCUGCAACAACUAGAGCACAACGUCGUCGACACGGCGUGCAGAUUCAACCUGUUUCCGAAAGGCAAGGACCUCGCGCCGGAGCACAAGGGUGUGAAGAUGACCCUGCACAGUAGACCUGACAGCAACUACUUACCAAAUAAGAAAUACUGUAGCCAAGAGGUGCAGGUUCUGGAGGCCGACGGGAAGACGGACCCGCAGAAUGUCAGUGUCGGAAUGGCUGCCGCAGAGGAGUUCGAGCGAGAGCUUCAACUGAAAGGGAGAACGGAGCUCAACCCGGGGGCAGAGCAGGAGUUGGGCGACAACAUUGGUGUCAGGGUGGGAGAGAACGACGCGAGUGUAGUUGCGGAGGCCUGAGAUUACUUAUGCUGGCAGAUCUGAUUUAGAUUUUUUCGAGAAUCUAUCAGCUACACCCCAUUGUAGUAGGCACAAGUGCAAGAACGGCGCCGACGUCAGCACGCGACAUGUUGACACUAUCGGCCGCGAGCUGCCACUUCUACAGCCAACUAUACUAACAAGAACAUCUUCCGAGAACUCCUGAGCGAAAAGAGGUGUUUUUGAUUUAGAUUUCGAC